CCGGAAACGCUGUAACAACAGCAAUCAUGGCGUCCGCAGCGACCCGAGUUGCAGCCGGUGCUGCUAAAGUUGUCAAACCAAUAUUUAGCCGGGACGUGGACGAAGCAAAGCGCAGGGCCCGGGAGCUGUAUCGAGCCUGGUACCGAGAGGUCCCUAACACAGUGGCAACGUUUCAGCUGGACAUCACAGCGCGCCAGGGAAGAGACAAAGUGAGGGAGAUGUUCAACAAGAACAAGCAUAUCUCUGACCCCCGCGUGAUCGACAUGCUAGUCAUUAAGGGGAAAAUGGAACUCGAGGAAACGAUCCAUGUCUGGAAGCAGAAGACCCACGUACUGCGCUACUUUCAGGAGACUGAGGAACCUCGUGCCAAUGAUUUCCUGUCCAAAUUCUACGGGGGUCAUGACCCAUGAACUGUGCAGCUGUCUGCUUCCCUCUGACCCCUCUUUGCUUGUGUCCAGUGUGACAGAUGUUCCCCUUUACUGUAAAUACAAACUUAACACUCACA